UUUAUAUGUCAAAGACAAAACGCCGGUCUUUUGAUGUCCCGUUUUCCGCCUUGAAGAAAUAAUAACUUUUAAACGCGGAUUAGUGGUUAAUGAUGGCAGCAAAUAACUAUUUUGGGUUUACUCACGGAGGAACCCAGUAUGGCGCGGCGACGGCCGGUGCCGCUUACGGUGGACAAACAGGGUACGCCGUGGCGCCGGCUGCGACAGCCGCGACGUACGGAACACAGCGAGCUGCAGCCACAGGAUACGAUACAGCAUAUCAGGCGGCAGCAGCUACUCAGGCAGCGGCUCACGCCCACGCGCAUGCCGCAGCUGCUGCAGCGUCAGCGUACGACGCUAGCAAGAGCGCAUACUACCAGCAGGCCGCAGCGGCAUACCCUACGGCCGCACCUCAGCCGCAACCAGCUUAUGAUACAACAGCUAAACCAGCUUACUCCACACCUGCUACAUACGCACAGAACAACAUAAUAAUCCAGGGAGGCGGUCGCGCGGGCGGCGGCGCGAAGGCGGCCUACGGCAGCGUGUACACGGCCACCACCGCCGCCGCCUCGUACCCCACGCAGCCCUACUCGGCGCCCGCGGCACAGGCACCUAAGCCGGCGACUAACAGGGGCAACUCUGCUUAUGAUACAGCCCUCUACAACGCGGCCACCAUGUACGUCGCACAGCAGAACAAGACUGCGGCCAAUUCUGGAUGGAAGAACUACAACAAGAGCGGCGUAGGCGCGGGUCAGACGCGGCGUCCCAAGCCGCCGCCCAAGGCCCAGCAGCUGCACUAUUGUGACGUCUGUCGCAUCUCUUGUGCUGGUCCACAGACAUACAAGGAGCACCUGGAGGGGCAGAAGCACAAGAAGAAGGAGGCGGCCGCGAAGGCGAACAGCGGCGGCGGGCUGGCGAGCGGCGGGCGCGGCGCGGGCGGCGCGGCGCUGCGCUGCGAGCUGUGCGACGUCACCUGCACCGGCGCCGACGCGUACGCGGCGCACGUGCGCGGCAUCAAGCACCAGAAGGUGGUCAAGCUGCACACCAUGCUGGGCAAGCCCAUCCCCUCCACCGAGCCCACCAAGCUCUGCGCCGCGGGCGCGGCGGUGGCGGGCGCGCCCAAGAUCGCGUUCGUGGCGUCCGGGGGACUCAGCUCCGUGCCGUGUGGCCGCGCGUGCGCAGACAAGCCCGACGGCGACAAGGACGACGAGGACGGCGACGAGGUGCAGCCCGUCGGCCAGGACUACAUCGAGGAGAUCCGCGGCGACGACGGCAAGCCGCUCUCCUUCAACUGCAAGCUGUGCGACUGCAAGUUCAACGACCCCAACGCCAAGGAGAUGCACAUGAAGGGCCGCAGACACCGUCUGCAGUACAAGAAGAAGGUUCAACCAGAUCUAGAAGUGAAAGUGAAGCCAUCGAUGCACCAGCGCAAAUUAGCAGAAGCUAAGGCACAGCGCAUGCUCGUGCGUGAUGAGAUGUGGGCACGGAGACGUAUGCACGAGGGCAUGGACGAUGAAGAGCGCGCAUACUGGGAGGGCGGCGCCGAGGCGUGGUGGGCGCGCGGCCCGCUGCCGCCGCACAUGCACCACCAUCAUCAUGGCAUGGGCAUGGGGUACGGCGGCGUGGGGCGGCGGCCCGAGACGUCGGACGACCGGCACGUGCUGGCGCGGCACGCCGAGAUCUACCCCGAGGAGGGCGAGCUGCAGCACAUCCAGCGCGCCGUGUCGCACACCGAGAAGGCGCUCAAGUCGCUCUCCGACGCGCUCGCCGACCUGGCGCGUCCCAAGGGUCAACCAGCUAAGCCGCCAGUCAAACCAGAAGAUAAGAAAGAAGACAAACCAGAAGGCAAGGAAGACGGCCGUGAUAAUCAAUUGUUCUCGUUCAUGGGCGAGGGCGAGAGCACGGCGGGCGGCGCGGGGGCGGGCGGCGCGGCGGCGGGCGAGGGCGGGGCGCGCGCGCUCAAGGGCGUGAUGCGCGUGGGGCUGCUGGCCAAGGGGCUGCUGCUGCGCCACGACCGCGACGUGCGCCUCGUGGUGCUGUGCCACGACCGCCCCACCGUCACGCUGCUCAAGCGCGUCGCCGCCGACCUGCCCGCGCACCUCGCCAGGCUCAAGCAGGGCACGAGCGACGAUCCGAAAUACAAAGUGGACCUGCUGCCGGCGGAGGGCGCGGUGCAGGUGUCGGACGGCAACGUCAACGUGCUGGUCAGCCUCACGUCCGCCGUCAUGCGCGAGCCCAACGAGGGCGGCGACAUAAAGCGGGACGACAAGGAUGUGCUCCCGCGCCAGAAGUGUUUGGACGCGUUGGCCGCCCUUCGGCACGCCAAGUGGUUCCAGGCUAGAGCGGCCAGCCUGCAGUCGUGCGUCAUCAUCAUACGCAUCAUGCGCGACCUCUGCCGCCGGAUACCCAACUGGACGCCGCUCAAUCCAUACGCGAUGGAGCUGCUGGUGGCGGGCGUGAUGCAGUCGGCGGGCGCGGCGCUGUCGCCGGGCGAGGCGCUGCGGCGCGUGAUGGAGGCGGUGGCGGGCGGCCUGCUGCUGGAGCACGGGCCCGGCCUGCGCGACCCCUGCGAGAAGGAGCUCGUGGACGCGGUGGGCAACUUGGCGCCGCAGCAGCGUGAAGACCUCACGGCGUCAGCGCAGCAGUUCCUGCGACAGAUCGCCUUCCGUCAGAUUCACAAGGUUCUGGACAUGCAGCCGCUGCCGAAGCUGAAGGCGGGCGCGGGCUGGAAGUUCCCGCGCAAGCGCAGGCGCUCCAACACCGACAACGAUCACGACACGCCCAACGGCGAAGGCAAAAUUGUGAAAACGGAGGACAAAGUGGAGGCGGAGAGUUCAUCCGCCAAGAAGUGAGCGUCGGUACACUGCGGAGUUUCAUUAUAUUUUAUUAUUAUCCACCCACAAUCAAGAGUUACACCAGUAUCGGCUCAGCACCUCCUCGCAUCUGGUGUUAGAUUCCUUAAAAUUAUAUUAUUUUAUUAUAUUUUGUGACGAUCUUGUGUCGUGUAAUAAUUGACUGACUCUGAUAUUUACAUAGAUGUAAUCCAUCUCUCGAUUAUUGAACGUUUUCUGUAAAUAAAAUCUUUCAACUUGAAUGCUUUUGAGUAUAUUGAAAAAAAAUAUUAAUGAAGUAUCUCUAAGAUAUUUUUAGUCUCAAACAACAGAUAGAUUUAGUGUAACUAUAUUUUGUGAGCGCAUACUUUAUUGUCACAUCGGUUAAAUAUUUUUGUGGCAUCGAUCGAUCUGUCCAGUACUAGCGUGGUUAGAUAGGCUUGCGUCGCCUUUGAGAGCGAACAGUUAAUAACAUAUGCAAUAAUUAUAAUAAUAACCGGACCCCUUCCUUACUAGUUAACCAAAAACUGGCUUUUCGAAGCCGACUCUUGGUAUAUUGUUUGUUUAUAAAGAGAUCGCUCCCACAGACGACGCCGUAAUGUAGCACUAGGCUAUAAUAUUCUAAUAAUUAUUUAGUAUUAGUUUAUAUAAUAUAUUAUAUGAAUUGACAGGGAGACGCGCCGGUCAUUAGAGUGGUCUUAAGUCGGAUAGAUAAGGUUUUAUUUUUAGGAUCGCAGUAUUUUGACUUGUAAAGUUAGUUCCUUUACCGAUUGCGCAGUCGCAGUCGAUUUGUGUUUACAUCAGUCAGUUCGGCUGUACGAGAAGCCUUGUACGUGAAAUUCAUAGUUAUAGAUAUUAGAUUUUUUUAUUAAAUCAAAUACUAGGUAUUUUGGAAAUACAUUUAUUUAUAUGUUCUAAAUACUUGAAUCCGUUUGAGAAUAUCGUGGUAUUCAAUAAAUAAUAGAAAUAAACAGCGUGUGAUGUUAUUUGUUUUAGAAGUUCAGUUUUCAGUCUAGUUUCACUAGCUUAUUUAAAAUUGAAUCUACUCGAAGAUUUUAUUUUAAUAUAUUUUAAGAAAGAAAUUCUUUUGUAACGUACUGUACUUUGAAUAUUAAUGUCAAUAAAGAAAAUUAUGUAAA